GCCGGCUUUGGGUCGCUCUAGCCGCCUUUCUCGCCUGCUCUGGCGGGAGGCGGGGGCGCUCGCGGGGGUCCCUCCAAGAUGGCGGCACAGAGGAGGAGCCUGCUACAGAAUGAGCAGCAACCAAGCUGGACGGAUGACCUGCCGCUCUGCCACCUCUCUGGAGUUGGCUCAGCCUCCAACCGCAGCUACUCUGCCGAUGGCAAGGGCACUGAGAGCCACCCACCAGAGGACAACUGGCUCAAGUUCAGGAGUGAGAACAACUGCUUCCUGUACGGGGUCUUCAACGGCUACGAUGGCAACCGGGUAACCAACUUCGUGGCCCAGCGGCUGUCUGCGGAGCUCCUGCUGGGCCAGCUCAGCGCCGAGCACACUGAGGCCGACGUGCGGCGGGUCCUGCUGCAGGCCUUCGAUGUGGUGGAGAGGAGCUUCCUAGAGUCCAUCGAUGACGCGUUGGCAGAGAAGGCGAGCCUCCAGUCCCAGCUGCCUGAGGGCGCCCCUCAGCACCAGCUGCCCCCUCAGUAUCAGAAGAUCCUCGAAAGACUCAAGACGUUGGAGAAGGAGAUUUCGGGAGGAGCCAUGGCCGUGGUGGCGGUCCUUCUCAACAACAGGCUCUAUGUCGCCAAUGUCGGUACGAACCGUGCGCUUUUAUGCAAAUCCACGGGGGAUGGUCUUCAGGUGACACAGUUGAACGUGGACCACACCACGGAGAAUGAGGAUGAGCUCUUCCGGCUCUCACAGCUGGGUUUGGAUGCAGGAAAGAUCAAGCAAGUGGGCGUCAUCUGUGGGCAGGAGAGCACCAGGCGCAUUGGGGACUACAAGGUCAAAUACGGCUACACUGACAUCGACCUACUCAGCGCUGCCAAGUCCAAGCCCAUCAUCGCGGAGCCUGAAAUCCACGGUGCACAGCCCCUGGAUGGGGUGACUGGCUUCCUGGUGCUGAUGUCUGAGGGGCUGUACAAGGCCCUGGAGGCAGCCCACGGGCCUGGGCAGGCCAACCAGGAGAUCGCCGCCAUGAUCGACACGGAGUUCGCCAAGCAGACGUCCCUGGAUGCAGUGGCCCAGGCCGUGGUGGACCGGGUGAAGCGCAUCCACAGUGACACCUUCGCCAGUGGCGGGGAACGUGCCAAGUUCUGCCCAAGGCACGAGGACAUGACCCUGCUGGUGCGGAACUUUGGGUACCCCCUGGGAGAGAUGAGCCAGGCCGCACCCACCCCAGCCCCAGCUGCAGGAGGACGCGUGUACCCCGUAUCAGUGCCUUACUCAAGCGCCCAGAGCACCAGCAAAACCAGCGUGACCCUGUCCCUCGUCAUGCCCUCCCAGGGCCAGCUAGUCAACGGGGCCCACAGUGCCUCCACCCUGGACGAAGCCACUCCCACCCUCACCAACCAGAGCCCGACCCUGACCCUGCAGUCCACCAACACGCACACCCAGAGCAGCAGCUCCAGCUCUGACGGGGGCCUUUUCCGCUCCCGGCCCGCCCACUCACUCCCGCCCGGCGAGGAUGGCCGCGUCGAGCCUUACGUGGACUUUGCGGAGUUCUACCGCCUCUGGAGCGUGGACCAUGGCGAGCAGAGUGUGGUGAUGGCGCCGUAGCCCGGCCGCGGAGUGCAGCCCGAGCAGGACCUUGCCUGGGGACGGGGCCCAGCUCCGGCAGGACGGGCCUUUUCCUGCCAUUUGCCUGUGCCCCAGGGGCCAGCAGGGCCUGGUGCUCAGCCUGCAUCGUACUCUCACUCCACAGCCUGUGGUGCUGUAGAGAAUGUUCUCUCAGUGCACCAACGCAGACCGGACCCCUUGCCACGGCGGCAGCACAGGGGCCGGAGGCUCAGUCCCCCGGCAGCCUCAGCCACGACCAUGGCUGUUUCUCAGAACAAGGGGCACAAGGGCGGCAGCCCACAAGCCCCGCGAGUGGCAGCCACUGCUUUCCCAAGGCCACCCCCUUCCCGACACCAUCUCCCCUGGUGGAGCCUGUGGCCACUGCUAGCACCCCCUCGCCCCUGGGGGGUGGUUCUCGCCUUCUCCAGCCGGCCUCCAGAGUGGAACCCCAGUUGGCGUCUGCACCUUCGAGGCCUGCACCCAUCCCUGGGCCCCGUCCCUAGGCCUCUUUGGGCUUAGGGGCACUGGGAUGGCUGCAGAGAGGGCAGUCAGGUGGAAAGGAACCGGAGAGAACUGGUCCAAGAGGAGCACUGGUCCUGGAGCCCACCAGAGUGGGCAGGCUGGGCAGGGCUGGCUCCCCAGGGCCGGGUGAAGAGGGGAGGUGUGCCCGGCCUGAGUGGGGGCAGGGGCCGCCCUUGUCAGGCCCCUCCGGGAGUGGCGAGGCCCUGAAUCGGGGUGAGCCAGUUCUGCUCUGCUUUUCCCCGCUGGAGCUGGGGAGGGCCCCAGGGUGGGAGCUGCUAAGACUGCAGUCUUAACCACUGACUGUGAGUCUCUGCCAGCUCUACGGUAACAGACAGGUCUUAGGCCAGGCCUCGGGGCUCACUGGAAACAGAGAACAGUGGAGAAUGGUUCCAAAAGGUCCUGGAGACCUGCUGCUCUGGGUGGUCGAGGGCUUUGGAGACGUGCACUGUUUUUACAGACACUUAGGGUGGGGAUCAGGCCAGCCCAGGCCCUCAGUGAGACCAUUUCAUGCAUGUUCUCUGCGUUCAGUGGGGAAGGGGUACCACCAGGGCUGUCAGCUGGAAUUGCCCUUCGUAUUUUCAGAGGAGGAAGCAGGCUCAGGAGACUCUCACCUUGUCCAAGUCACGCAGUCAGUGGUGGAGCAGAACUCAAACUUUCUUGUCAGUCUCUGAGGCCCCCCUGGGUUCUUGCCAACACCCCCCCACCUGGUGCCCAGCCUCCUGCCCCAUGAUGCCCCAGACACAGCUCACCAGGGACUGGCUGCUGUGCACGGCCUCCAGUGUGCUUGGACUCUGAAAAGUCGAAGGCCAGUUCCAAGGUCCCAUGUGGUCCAGGAACAUGUUUUCCUGUGGCAGGGCGGGGCCCAUUGUGGUGCCGGUUUCCGAGGGGAGCCGCGGCAUGAGCAGAGGAAAAGCGGAUCUCGGCAGAGGGCCCUGACCCCCCUCCACUACGAAGCCAUCUCCUUGUGCAGGUGAGCAGAUUCAAAAUCAGUCACAGAGGCUUGGGCACAAAGGGAUCCUCUUCCGAGAACGUCUCUCUAUGCUGUUUGGUCUCUAGAGAUAGAAUCACUUUUUUACGUCAGUAAAGAGAUAAUAAAGGGUGGUAUAAUGUGUCGUGCUGUUAA